CGAGUCUGGCGGCCUUUCCGAUUUCCAGCUGGAGUCACCAGAUCCCUCAAUUGGCAGCUCGGAUCUUCUAUCGUAAUACACGACACCUUGCUGCAUUGGGACUCUCAGAUGAACAAUCUAGGCGAAGGAUGCUGCACAUCACGCGACACAUAUCCACGAUAUUGAAAGAUAAGGAGAACUUCGCCAUCAUGCCACCGUUGUCUAGUCACAAUGACAGUCCACGAGACGAGGUUGUUGAGGACUCUGAACCUGAACGUGAAGAACAGCGACGAAAAUUGAAGGCGGCAAAAAAGGCCACUCAAAGUACUGUACGACCGCCACUGUCUGUGAUUCCUGUCGACACGGAACCCGUUCCAGUCGAUGUCGAGGGCUCUGACAAUCUAUCUUACAAACACCUAGAGGGUUCAGCACCAUCGAUUGUACUAUACACUGUAGAAGAGCUGUCGGCAUCGACGGGUCCAGAAGCAGCCUCCACAUCCUUUCCCUCACUAAGCCAUGAUGAUCUUCCGAAAUAUGGGCACCCCAUUCCCGUUACCCGCGUGGAGGAGAACGGUCCCGAUGCUUUAGAGCCAGUUCGCACACUGAAUUUGACGCACUUUGCAAAUAACGCAACUGUCGUUCAGCAUAACAGGCGCUCCACUUCUCCCGCCCCCGUGAUCUCCUCCUUGAAUCAGGCAAGAGCGCUGUCAACUUCGACUGCACCAUCUAGAUGGCUCAAUUGCCCCCUUCCUGAGAAGAGGAUGAAGAUUAUUACCAAGUGUCCCUGCUGCGAGCUUGCGUGGACGGCGAGGAAGUCAAGUCAGAUGAAGUGGGAGCAUAUUGCGAGAUGUGCCAAGAAGAACGACUACACCGUGGAAACACUUCUAACUCGGCUGGACCAACAAUUGGCGUCCACUGAUACGAUCAAUGUUGAAGGGAAGUCAAAGAAGAGGAAGGCAAAGACACCACUCGAGCAGAAAGAAGUGCCCAAACCCGACACACUCCUCGAGCGCGUCACACAUGAAGCAGUACCGCCCAAACGCGGCAGGAAGCAAGCCGUCCCCGAAACCGUGCAGAAUGUCUCCCAGGCACAUCAGCUUAUCACAGAGAAGGCCCGAGAUGUUCUGCUGGCCGGCGAGUCUGUCGUGCCUGCGCCGCAUGUAGAGUCUGCAACUUCUCCUGUAGCUGCUCAAUUGCCUCUUGCUACGCAAGCAUUCGUGCCGAGCAAGUUUGGUGGUGCACGAAGAACGGUGAGUCUAUUGAACGACAAUCCUCUGAAAGAGAGACCGCCUGAUGCAGGAGCAACACUGACCAGCGACCGUUUCUCCUACCUCCCCCGCGAUGUCUCUCCUGGUCCUGAUAUCAGCUCAAACGCCGUUGUCCCUUCGGAAGCCCAAACCAGCCUGGCCAACCUCACGGCCAGCACUCUUGACCUAACCUCGAGUCCUGCAACUGCCUUUCGAAAGCCACGUAGCUCCUCACCUAAGAAACGCCUUUCUUUACGCCAGAUUGUACGACAGGAAGACACGCUACAUAACAGCGACACAGAUAGCAUUUCAUCGGAAAAUGGAUGGGUGGAUGAAGGUGCCUGGGGUGCAGAUACUGUGCUAGUGUGGGAUGGUGACAGAAGUGACGGCUCGACGUCAUCAUCAGUCGUUCUAUCCAAAGCCAAAGGAAAGAAGAACAAAGGCGAGGGUCCCCUUACUUCCCCGAUUCAAGCACCAGAACAGCCUAAGAAGCGAGGGCGACAGCGGAAGGAUGUGGUGGUACAGGAGAAAGAGUCCAAACCAACAGAUGAGGAGACUGUAGCGAUGAUUGAGAAAGAGCUGAGGACGAUGAUCGAAGAGGACGAGGAGCUAUAUUUGCGAAUCUUGCGAUACGAACCUAUGAAGUUUGAUGACUUGCUGAAGCGAGCCCUGGACCGCGAAUUGCCCGAAAGAAAGCUGAAAGAACGAUUGCGUAAUUUCUUGGAUAAACAGUGUAUCAAUUUCUACACGGCAGAACCAACCGGAACGCGUAAACGCUAUUAA